AUGGAGCGAUACCUGAAGGAUGAACCGAAGCUGCAGAAAUACAAAAAACUUCCUACCGAUACACCCUGGGACCUGUUUGCCGCACCUGGGCCGCUACCUGUGUCGUGGAAGGUGGAGGUGGAACCGUACUGCUUCGACGAGCUCAACCUGAACGAUCGUGCAUCGGAUUCGCGAUCCGAAUCAUCAUCGUCCUCAUUAUCCUCCUCGUCCUCCUCCUCCUCGUCCGAUGGUACCAGUCUGCUCAGCUGUGCGGUGAUGGUGAAGAAAGAACCGAUCGACGAUCCGGACGAAGAUCCCGAAUCGGACAGUCAGGAUGAACGGAGCGACAAGUACAGCAGUAGCAGUAAUCACCACCACAACCACCAUCAUCAUCACACCAGCAGUCACCACAGUCUUCACCACAGCCACCAUCGUCAAGCGAGCGGGAUUGAGCUGCGGCUCGUAGCGAGGACGACCAGCAAUGCGAACGAUCUGCUACCGACGCUAACGCCACCCUCAUCGCCCGAGUCACAUCUCAGCAAGGACAACUCGAACACCUCCACAACCGGUAGCAACGGUACCACCAACACCUCCACCACUGGCAACAGUUUAGCGAGCUCAACAACGCUAACCACGAUCAAGAAGGAACCCGCCUCCGAGAUUGCGCUGCUCGAUCGUCAAGGUGGUCAGAUACUGCGUGUUUCGGCCGGUCCGCAUGUGGUGCGGUUGACGACCGGGGUGGCCGGUGCGAAUGGGAAGAAUGUUGUGACGGGAGUCACGCGAGUGAUACAGGUCAGUCCCCAGCUGCAUGCGGCUAUUGCGCACCGUAACUCAUCCGCCUCACCAAAUGUAACAGCACAACCAAGCUCGAAACAUCACCACCGGCAACAGGAUCACAGUCCGGAUGCGAAACGAAGGAUACACAAGUGUCAAUUUCUCGGCUGCAAAAAGGUCUACACGAAAAGCUCCCAUCUGAAGGCGCACCAGCGAACGCAUACAGGAGAGAAACCGUACAAGUGUUCCUGGGAGGGAUGCGAAUGGCGCUUUGCCCGAAGUGACGAACUAACACGCCACUAUCGGAAGCACACCGGCGCCAAACCCUUCAAGUGUCGGCACUGCGAUCGAUGCUUUUCGCGUUCCGAUCAUCUCGCGCUACACAUGAAACGGCACGCCUAA